UGGCCUAGAAGAGCAGCUGCCCCUUCUAUGGGAGCCAGAUGACUACAGGGCAUCUGCAGGACGUGGGUGAAAGGACAUCAUUGGGCACCUAUUGGUCCCUGGACCCAGGGGUGCUCAGUGCCACAUCUAGGCUCCUACACAUCUGUGCCCAACAGUGUCCUCAGGUGGCUCUGCAUUCUGGCACAACUCCUGAUGACUGCACUGGAGUCUGUGGUGCAGUUCUUCGAAGACCCUCCAAUCCAAGGACUAGCAAAUGAGAAACAAGCCAUCAUUGCCAGACACAUUCCUGAACCCUCAAGGCCAGUAUAGAAACGUGACUCAGCUCUUAAGACUCUGGAAGCCGUACAGAAGCCAGCCUGGCAACAGGAGCUCUUGCAAGCAAGCAAGCAGAGGCUGGAGGCCUUGAAGGCAGUGCCAAGUGGGGACAGUGCUAUGCAUCUAGUCUCCUCAGAUGUCCAGCAGCUUAUGCUUUCCACUCUGGCCUUGUUGAUUGCCUCCAAAGGCUGCAUCUCAGGUUCAGAGCCUUGCAGAGGAGAAGCCAAUGCUCACAGCAGUUCUGAUACCACCACCAUUCCCACCAUUUCCGCACCUGCCAGACCACUGGUACAAGAGGAUCCAGCUAGACCACAUGGAGCCAGAAGAGUCCCAGAAUCUAGGGGCGGAAGACAAGGGCAUAGAGAAGACCCUGUGCAACCCACCCUGGCCAGUCUUCAGCUUCUCCAUGCACUGGCCAGGACUUGCUCCCCGUCUACCCAUUCACCAUUAACCUCAUCCCUCCUCACAGAAAGUCACUACCAGCAAGAACUGGAGCAGCUGAAGGCCCUGGGUUUUGCCAAUCGCAAUGCCAACCUGCAGGCCCUGAUAGCCACAAAGGGAGACAUCCAUGCUGCCAUUGAGAGACUGUUGGGGGAGCCACAGGCCUAGGUCCCCCUGGCAGAUGCUCACAAGGCACCACCAGGAAGGGAAGGGGAGGGGGAGUGAAGUCACUUAUUUUAGGGAAUCCUCUUACUCAGAUCACAAGCAUGUUUGGACAGCCCCUCUCUCACUGCCCCAGCCUAUUCUACAUUAAAAAGAUUG